AUGAAAGGGUUUAGGGUUAAAAUUGGUGCCAUGAAUAGGUCAGGGGAGAUUAUAAAGGACAACAUGCACUACUUAGAGAAUGAUAAACUCUUUGAUGCUUCACAGUAUGCUUUUUUUGGUCGACCUACUACUGAGAAAAUUGAGUUUGGGUGCUUAGAAGAAGAUGAAGAUAAUCCUUCAACUGGAGUUCUUGAUGAUGAAUGCCAUUUAUUUGACAGAGAAGAGUUAAACAAAUCAGUAAGCAGACCUAGACAUCCUGGAGUUAUUGGUGAUCGAGGGUCAGGAUCUAUUUCAAGAGAAAGUUCAUCUGCUUCAGUAGACCUACUAGAGUGGCUAGACCAACACAUCUCAGAUAUAGAAAGCAGCCAUGGAUGCAGAAGAUGUUCUUCACAAUCUCAUCUUCCUUCAGACCCUAAACCCUUAUACAGAGCUUCAUCAUACCCUACAGAAAAACACUAA